AUGACACCAGUGACCGUCAUCUCCGGAGGUCAAACAGGUGUGGAUACCGCAGCUCUACUCGCGGCCAAAGCCUUCUCGCUUCCAAUCUCAGGCUACGUGCCAUUACACUACACCAAUGAGCUCGGAGCCUACAGCAUACCUGAGCGCUUUCGAGCAAAUCUGGUCGAAACUGGCACUACUGCAUCAGCAUUACGGACAGAGUUGAAUAUCAAGCAGGCCGACGGUGUGCUUACUCUCCUCAGUGCUGAGGCUGGUAAGAGUGAUGUGAGCAAAGGCACACAACUUGGGAUUGACUAUGCAAGGACGUUGGGCAAGGCAGAGGAGCAAUUGUGCUUUGUCGAUCUGACGACUCCGAACUCGGAUGUAGAGGUUGAGAAAGUGGUGGCAUGGCUCGUUUACCAGAAGACACAAAUGACGAUUAGUGACUGGCCUCAGGACCAUUACUCCGUCCUCGCGCACAAAGCCUGCGCCAGGAUUGUGGAUCUCUUCGAACUACAACAAUUUGUCCGGCUGCACUCUGGAGAGGAUGGAGCACAGGUCAAACUUGAUGCUGGUUGA